GCAGAGAGGUGCUGCAGAUGUGAAGAGUGGAGAGAUGCUCUUGAGUUGCUAUACUGAUGCUAGCUUCAACUCAGUGAAAGCGGAUGGCACCAGCAUUGGGGGCUAUGCGCCUAAGUGGCAUUGGGUGAGGAGACUCCUUGAUGAGGAGGUGCGGCUGGAGAUAGUGAAGACCCAUCAGCAGGCAGCAGAUAUUUUCACUAAGCGUCUGGCAGAGGCGGAUCAUUGGAAGGGCAUGAAGCUUCCUGGGAUGAGUGUGCAUUGAGUAUGCAUGCUUGAGAUGUU